AUGUUUUCAUUCUCCACCAGUGCUGCUCAGAGUCAAACAACACUGGAGUCCCUGCAGUGCCACUUCAUCUGGAACCUGGACCAAACUAGGCCCCAAUGUUUACGUCUCAGGGACAAGCUGGAGGACAUGAGUGCUGACGAGGGAAACAGGUGGCUUGGCCACAUCUACAACCUUCAGGGGUUCAUUCAGUAUAAGCUGGGGUUAAAUGAAGAUGCUAAGACUUUGUUCAACAAGGCUGCAGAGGCCUUCCAUGAGCUGAGACAUGCAGAUGGGGGUCCCUGGUUAUUGGUGAACUACGGGAACCUGGCCUGGCUGCACCACCACCUGGGAGAUGAAGCAGAGAGUCAGGCUUACCUGUCAAAGGUUGAUGCCCUGAUGAAAAACCACCCAUCUCCAUCCCAGGGCGAGGUCCAUCCAGAGGUCUUUGCUGAAAAGGCCUGGACCCUGAUGUAUUUUGGUGCAGAUAGAAUGCUGGUUGCAGAUUACUUUGAGAAAGCCAUCAGUUUGCAGCCAGACAUGGUGGAGUGGAACACCAGCCAUAUCAUUAUUUUAGUACAAGCCCAGGAGAACAGCACCACGGGAGUGGAAGCUGACCUCUUGGAGAAAAUGAGACAGGCAAAGGAAGAGGAUCCUGAGGACGUGUACCUUGCUGCCCUCUACCUUGAACAACGUGCCAAGAAAGGAGAAAGAAUUGAAGAUGAAGCACGUGAGUUUGCCAGAGACAAUUUGAGUUCUCUGGGCAGCAGCUACAAGGGUAUGAGAGUAUUAUUAUGGGUUUACAAAUGUCACCUGUCUAUUGAUGACGCCAUUGAUUUGGCAGAAAAGUUUCUGGAAAAACAUCCACACAAGCGCUGCCAGAAGAGGUGUGUUGCAGUUUGCUACAGAUGGAAACUUUUGCGUUUCGGGGAGGGUCCCAAGGAACCAGGCAUGAUUGACAGAGCAAUCAGUCUUCAUGAGGAAGUGGUUUCUCUUUACCCUCACUGUGGACUUAAGGUUAAAAUAGACCUUGCAACUGUCUAUGCAAAGUCAAGUCCUCACAAGGCACAGGCUGGGAGUAUAUAUGAGGAGCUGCUUAACAGUGAUCUGGAACCUGCAGACAAACAGCUCCUUUAUAAUGCCUACGCAAGGUAUUUAUACUUUGAUCUAGGGGAUCUCAAUAAGUCAGUACAAUAUCACAUGAAAGCAGCUGCAAUACCAGAAAAACAACACUUCCGUGAGGCCAGCAUCAGAGUUUUGGAGAAUCUCAGAGUCAAAGGCAAGCAUCCAAUGUGUCAAGACAUAGAGGAGUUUUUUUUCAAAACUUUCUGAAAUCCGUUGAACAGAAAGUUUAGAAAUUAUGGCAAUUUUGGGCAUUUUUAAUUUGGCCUCCCCAGCUGAAAAGAAAACUGGAAAUCUCAUUUCAAGCCAUUCAAAGAAUAUUUGAAAAUAAACUUAAAGUUAAUAUUUUUAAUGCUUUACUAUAAUUCCUACAUUCAGCCGAAAAAAUUUGUUAAUAUACAGCUAAGAUAUCAAAGGCAACACAAUAACAGAGUAAUGUGCCACCAACUAAAUUGCAUUUUCUAUAACUCUCCGUGUAGGAAAUCUCUCAGAGUGUUAGUAGUGAUAUUAGAAAAUACAUACAUGAAUGUAGUGUCAUGUUUAAUUCAGAAAAAGUCUUGACUUUACACAAGAAGUGGAUUUAGUUGUAUGUUUCUCCAUCUACUGUGUGUAGUCUAACCCUAAUACUGAUUACAUUUAUUCCCUCAGUUAACAUUUUCCUGCAGAGUGUAUGGUCUCAAUCUCUAGUAUGUUAAUUUAGUCAAUUAUGGUCCCAUUUAGAUAAGAGGUAUGAUAAAGCAGGGCAUAUUUUAAGGGGGGGGGGGGGCAAACUAUGGUCGAGAAGACGCCUCACCCUGGGAAAUGAUGCAACCAUUUCCAGCCACCAUGUUGUCCAAAUAUGGUCACUUCUGGCUGCAAAACAAAACACUGCAGUGAUGGAAACGCCAAACCUCGAUGCUUCAAAUCAGUAGCCCACACACACCGUGGGUAUGUUCACCUCUUGGAUAUAGCCUAUGAUAAACAGUAACUUCAUGUAAUGCGAACAAGUGAAAUAUACUCAGACUGGAAACGCUGUCGGCUCACUAAUUCAAAUGUCUGAAAGUUUACAGACUUUAUCAAGCCUUUACCAAGUAUACUGAAAACCAGAAUGCAACACCAUUAUUGCAGUUGAAGAAAGGAACUAAAACGAAUACAACGCAGGUUUUACCUUCCUCUAGCAGUCGAGGAAUGGCUUCCUGCUGAGAAACGGCAACACGACGCAGACAGAAGCACAACGAGAUGCUGCAGUAAAAAAAACACAACGUAAUCUGUUGAGAUUGGCUGUCUUUGUGACAACCUCUGAUGAUUCCCCGAGUAAAUAAUCCCUUUGAGGAUAGCAGAAAUAAUAUUAAAUAUAUACCUUUAUCUUUUUAUAUGUAGAUUAUAAUCAUGGGCUUUGUCAUGGUGGUGUAUUUUAAAUACUGUGGGAAAGGUUUGUGUGAAUUGUGAUUCAGAUUUUGACGGAAUGAUCAUUGUUGAACUCUCAUAUAAUCAUUCAUAUGUUCCUAUCAUGUUGAUUUUUCUCUUUAACACUGUAUUUUAAGGGUAAACAGCUCAUAAUGGACUCUUUGAAAGUUCAUAAAUGAUCUGAUUGGUAAAUGUGAUAAUUAUGAUCUGAUUGUUGAAUUCAGAUGCUGUGUUUUAUAUUAAAGUGCAAAUAAAUCAUGUGUGUGCUCUAA